AUGUUAACAACGAUCCCUCCUCCGUCUGCGCGGCACACGACAAAUCUAUUAGAGUCUGAGCCGUCCACUGCCACGGGACAAAGAAGACACCGCCACGGGACAAAGAAGACACCGUACACGCCACGGGACAAAGAGAAGAGACCGUCCACCGCCACGGGACAAAGAGAAGAGACCGUCCACCGCCACGGGACAAAGAAGAGACCAUCCACCGCCACGAGACAAAGAGAAGACACCGUACACGCCACGGGACAAAGAAGACACCGUACACGCCACGGGACAAAGAGAAGAGACCGUCCACCGCCAUGGGACAAAGAAGAGACAUUGUCCACCGCUACGGGACAAAGAAGAGACCAUCCACCGCCACGAGACAAAGAGAAGACACCGUCCGCCGCCACGGGACAAAGAAAAGACAUUUUCCACCGCUACGGGACAAAGAAGAGACACCGAAAAGGCCAGGAAGUCCAAGAACAGGUGCUGAUGGUGACUUUUCUGAGCAUCAUUUCUGAGGCUGUGAUUCUUUGGUCGAUUUACAUGGAGUGGACAUUAACAAAGCAGGACGAUUGA